ACGGUUUGACUGUUUAAACUGUAGUUGCAUUAUAAACAGUUAUAUGAAAAUUAUACACUAGUUUAUGAGAUAAAAUAAUGUAAUGUGAUUUUAUUGUUUUAUAUUAUAAUAGAGGUAUUAAAGAGGUGACUAUUCUGUCACUUCAUAAGAUACAUAAAUAUAUAAUUCAGAGAACUGAUGAAGGAAGAAAAAAAGAAAGAACGUUAUACCUCCUAUAUAAGUUUUAGUCAUUUGACUUUAUAAUAGUGUAUAUACACACGAAAUGAACAAUUGUAGCCUUGGGAAACUUAUUUUAUAAUUGCUUGCUGACAAGGGAUGUGUGAUCACAAAAAUAGACUUUAAAAAGAAUAUUACACUGUGCAUAAAAAUUUAAUAAUGCAUUCUGAUAAAAAGAAGGAGGCUUCUGUUGUUGGAUCACAAAAUUUCUGUUUGAAAUGGUCACAAGACUCUAUUGUCUGUGAUACACAAGAUGUUGUAACACCUAACGAAAAAGAUGUGAUAGUAAUAAGUGACUCUAGUUCUAGAUCUACUUCUUCUAGUCCUAUAUGUUUCUCUAGUUCAAAAUCUACAUUAAGAAAACAAUCCAAUGGAAGUACUGAAGUAAACAUCUUGGAGUCUUCUGAUUCUGACUUUUUAGAAGAAAAGAAUAAAAAGAUUUUUCAAGCAUGGAGGACAAAUAAAAAACCCAAUUUUAUUACUUGCAAUCAACAGAGAAAAGAUGUUAAAAAAGAUACUGCAUUUUAUACUUCUGAUGAAUCUGCUUCUAACAGUCCCAAUCACUAUAAAAAUUAUAUUGAAAAUUCUGAUAAAAUUAGUUCUAUAGAAUCUAUUUCAAAAGAUAGUAAAAAUGUAUUUAAAUCAAAUGUUGAACUUCAUGGGAAUGUAAUAAAUGAAGUAAAUCCAUCAUCUAAUUAUGCUGGUAGUACUAGUAUACGAAGUAAACCAAAAAUUUUGGAAUAUAAUGAUACACCAACUAAAGGUUUAUCAUCUAAAAAUAAGACUGACAAUGAUUUUAUGAAAAAUUUCUCACGAAAAGACUACCAACGUAUUAUUAAGAACAUAAAAUUUGCACAAGUGGUGUACGAAUCACCAAGAAAUGUUAAAAAACACGAUGUAAUAUUAAAUGAAGGUCUAGAUGGUUUUCUGCAUCCUGCUAUUUCUCCUAAAAAUAAUGAAGAAAUAAGCAAUAAAAUUAUUGACGAAACUCCAGUAGAUUCUGAGAGUGACAUUAUUCAUAGCUCUCAAACAAACUUAGCAAAUAUUUAUAAAACUCCGUUAAAUCGAAUUUUGGAUAAACAAGAUAUGAAUAACGACGAAGGGAUGAUGUGUACUGAAUUAUCAGAACGGAAAAAGAGACAAAUUUCACAAUGGCUUAUGACAACUUCACCUAAUUCACAAAAUGAUACUUCGCUUAGUCUUGUACUUCCAAGUAACAAAGAUGAUUUAAGUUCUGGACAUAGUAGUUUAGAAAGAUUAGAGAUGAAUUAUGAAACUCCAAAUAAUAGAGGGAAAAUAAAACAUAAUCCUAUAAGUGCAAAUAGAGUAAUAAGUUCAGAUUAUAGUAAAAAAACUAACUCCACGACAUUAAAACAACCUACAUUAAAAAAAUUCAUACAAUCCAAAAAUGAUACUUCAAAACUUUGUACAUCAAGAAACAAUUGUAAUAAUAAUGUAACACCUUCAACGCUAAUUCCUACAGUAAAUAAACCACAGAAUCUAGAUAUUACAGAUUGUGUAGACAUAUUAGAUAAGUUGUAUGGUAAAACUUGGCGUGCAAAAGCUGAUGUAUUGUUUCCAAAUUCUGAACCACGAAAGCCAGUGGUACCUACAAAGAAUAGAGCUGUCCAGACUGAAAGAAAACCAAAAAGCAAAAGAAGGUGCAACUUAACAGAUUCAGAAGAUGAUUCUGAUACAUCUAUAAAGGAUUUAAGAUUACAAAAACGGUUGACAAAAAAGAGUGGACGAAAAAAUACUAAACAAAUAGAUAGUUUUAUUAAUGACCAGUUAUCAUCAGGAAGUGAAAGUGAAAGUUUAUACUACACUGCAUUGACAAAUCCGAAACUAUCCGUAAAUAGUACACAGAAGAAACCAACAUGCCUUGAUAGUAUACAAAAAGUUAUUGGAAUAUGUGAUCCAGAUACUGAAACGGAAAAUAAUACAAGUGACCAUCAUCAAAUACAUGAUAUAAGAAGAAGAAAAUUGUCGUUUAGUAAUGAUGAAAUUGAAGAUUCGAGUACUAGCGAAUUCGAUCCCGGCGAUGAUGUACCACCAAAAUCUAUAACUAAAAAAGGUCCUGCUAAAACUCCGCGGGAAAUACCUAAAACAACUAUUAAAAGUAAACAAGCUUUUGAUAAUCAGAAGUAUGAAAAACAUCACAGUUUUCUAGCAUCUUUAUCUGAAAGUGUUCCUAUUACUAGUGCACAUCCAGAUGCUAAAAAAUAUAGAUUAAAUUUUAAAAAUACUAAGGAAGAACUGUGUAACUAUUUAUUUAAAUUGUAUAAUGAAAAAGUAUUUGAUAAGAAACUACCAAACGACAUGACAAUAGAAUGGAAUGUACGUAUGAGAGGAACUGCUGGGUUUUGUUAUAAUAAAAAAUCUAUAAAAACACUUGGAGGUGUUGUGAAAUCUUCGAGAAUAGUCCUAGCAAUAAAGAUUCUGGAUACUCCAGACAGGCUCAGAGACACUUUAAUUCAUGAAAUGUGCCAUGCAGCUGCUUGGUUAAUAAAUGAUGUUUCUGAUGGACAUGGACCAUUCUGGACAGGAUGGGCUAAUAAAGCUAUGAACACAUUUCCUGAAUUACCACCAAUCAGGAGAUGUCACGAUUAUAAAAUUAAAACAAAAUUUACAUAUAAAUGUAUGGACUGUGGAUACAGUAUUGGCAGACAUUCUAAAUCUUUGGAUAUUGAAAAGAAACGGUGUGGUCAUUGUUAUGGAAAAUUUGAGUUACUAAUAAAUAAAACAACAAAAUCUGGGACUGUGCAAGUACAGACACCUCAAAGAGGGCCUUCAGCAUUUGCACUUUAUGUGAAAGAAAAUUACAACUCUGUGAAGAAAAAGCAUAACAUAAGACAUCCUGAAAUUAUGAAAAUUUUAGGUCAGCAGUUUUCAGCAAUUAAAAUUGAAAGUAAAGAGAAAAAUUCUGAGAAUGAUGCAGAUAAUUCUGUUUGAAUAAGCGAUAAAUAUUAUACUCAGUACUGUUUAAAGUGCUUUUUAUUGUUUACAUAUAGACGACAUAUUUUUAAUAUAAUAUGACAUUAAUUCAUUAUUCUGAUUUUAGAUAAACGUUUUAUGACUUGUAAAACUAAUAUGAUUUUACCAUUGCAGGCAUUGGAAUAUGAAUUAUGCUAGAGUAGGGUUAUUUGUAAAGACACAUAGCUUUUACAUAAGUGAAUUGUACAGACGUAAUUGUGACUUGUAAAGAUUUUUAUCAGUUUUGUACAAUAAAUAAUGUGUAAGAAUGAAA